AUGCAGUCACAUGCUCGGGUGCUCAGGCCUUCCACAUAUGGAUUUGGGGGGGACACAGUUCAACCCAUACUGGAAGGACAGAGUAGCGACGCAGAGAGGGGGAAUCUCCGCCAGGGAGAGGGGCUGCGGCCAGAGCCUUGGACGCAGGUGCCCCGCCUCCUGAGGCGGGAGCGCACCGGCCCCCAGCCUGGUCCUCAGGUGAGGCUGGGGCUGGCUCCUCCUCUUCCUCACGGAAGCCUCGGAGCCGACGAUCCCUGUGAUCUCUGGGGUGAAGGAGCAGUCAGAGGGCUGGACCACAGGCACGGGUCCUAG